AUGAUGACGGUUGGAUUAACUAUGCUGGUGGAGGUGGCCAUUAUGAUGUAUUUUCCACCACUAGCCACCGUCGCCGCUGCUGCAGCAUCGUCCUUGUCGUAUCCAUCUCAUCAAUUCCUUGCCGUCCAAGAAAUCAUACACACCACUAAAUCAGCUUCCCAUGUACCCCAUACACAACUAUUUGACCAUGAAAUAUUGACCUCCGACGAGUCUCACGACGGCACGAGGUGGAAGCUCAACCUGGUCCACCGUGACAAGCUGUCGGAGAAUGAUGUCGGUCAUAAACGGCGGACGGAAGCUCGGUUGAAAAGGGAUGUGAAAAGGGUGGCAAUUUUGAAUAGGCGAAUUGACGGUCAUGGCAGUGAGGGCGGUGGGGGCGGGGGGCGGUAUGAGGUGGAGGAUUUCGGGUCGGAGGUGGUUUCCGGCAUGCAACAGGGAAGUGGAGAGUAUUUUGUGAGGAUAGGGGUUGGGAGUCCGCCCCGUAGUCAAUACAUGGUGGUUGACUCCGGGAGCGAUGUUGUGUGGAUACAGUGCUUGCCAUGCAAGCAGUGUUACGAACAAUCGGACCCGCUUUUUGACCCAGCCAACUCAGCUUCAUUUGUGGCUGUGUCUUGCGCGUCUACUGUGUGUCAACACGCAGAGACUGCUGCCGGCUGCCGUGGCCAUGGCGGUGGUCGAUGGUGCAAGUACGAGGUCACUUAUGGUGAUGGAUCCUACACAAAGGGGACGUUGGCCCUCGAGACACUCACUUUUGGCAAUACCUUCAUACGCAACGUUGCCAUCGGAUGUGGUCAUAGAAACCAAGGCUUGUUUAUUGGAGCCGCUGGAUUGCUCGGUAUUGGCGGUGGCUCGAUGUCAUUGGUGAGUCAACUCGGUGGCGAAGCUGGUGGCGCAUUUAGUUAUUGUCUUGUCAGUCGAGGAACUGGUUCCCCGGGUUCACUGGAGUUCGGGAGAGAAUCUCUCCCAUCAGACAGUGCAGUUUGGGUCCCGCUGUUGCAAAACUCACGAAACCCUAGCUUCUAUUAUGUUGGACUUUCGGGUCUCGGGGUGGGUGGGGUUCAGGUAACCAUACCGGAACCCAUUUUUAAGUUGAGUGAUAUGGGCCAUGGAGGAGUUGUGAUGGACACGGGGACCGCCGUCACUAGACUCCCGACCAUUGCUUAUACCACUUUUCGCGAUGCUUUCAUAGCACAAACCACGAACCUACCUCGAACUAGACCAGUUUCAAUAUUUGACACGUGUUACAAUCUUAACGGAUUUGUGACCGUGCGAGUCCCCACUGUUUCGUUCUAUUUCUCUGGAGGACCAGUGUUGACACUUCCUGCUAGCAACUUCCUAAUUCCAGUGGAUGAUAUGGGAACAUUCUGCUUCGCUUUUGCCCCAACUUCGUCGGGACUUUCCAUUAUUGGAAAUAUCCAACAAGAAGGCAUCCAGAUAUCUUUCGAUUCCGCAAACGGGGUUAUGGGAUUCGGCCCCAACGUCUGCUAGACGCUUGAAACGAUAUAAAUCCCCAAACAUGUAUAAUAUACCCAUAUGUCGCUAAAUACCGAUAUUUUGCCACACCUAGCUUGUCGUUAAUAGCACCAUUGCAAAAUAACCGCGUAGUUAGCAGAUAAUAGUUUAUGGCACUUGUGUACGAAUGAAUCGUAAUCGGGUUUGUCUUUUAAA